ACACCAAGUGCAGCCAAACUGAAGAGGGAGGGAAGAGGAGCUCCCGGCCACGUUUGAGGAAUAUGCAGACAACCUACUGCUGAACUGUCUCCACAUAACGGCUGGUGCACGGGGACAGGUCACGCGCUGAGUGGGCUCAGGGUCCGGAUGGUGCUGCAGAGGGUUCUGCUCUGGCGUCCGGGAAGCGCUGACCCGUGGGACUGAAGAUGCGGGUCGGCGCGUGGCUCCUCUGUGUGUCCUGCCUCUACACCUGGGCGGCGUUCUCGCCACGCUGCGAGUGCCAGGACAUCUGCCCGUCCGGGCCGGGGCCGGACAGGAGGUCAAAGACGCGGGUCAAGGAGCACGCCCGUCACAGUGCGGGACCGCAGCACUCGCUCCACAGGCACAGGCCGCUCCGCAGGAAAGGUUCCAGAGUGCACGCGGAGGAGACGCCGCCCCGCGUCGUCCACCACCCCUCUGACGUGGUGGUGAAGGUGGGGAAUCCCGCCACGCUCUCCUGCCGGGCAGACGGCAGCCCCAAGCCCACCAUCGAGUGGCUGCGCAACGGCCAGCCGCUGGAGACGGCCAACGGGGACGGGCAGUGGCAGCCCAUGGUGCUGUCCGAGGGCAGCCUCUUCUUCUUGAGCGUCGGCGGGGGCAGGAGGGGUCAGUCACACGAGGGGGUCUACACCUGCGUGGCCAGGAACAGCGCAGGGUGGGCCACCAGUCGCAAUGCAUCGCUGUAUAUCGCAGGGUUGCAGGAGGAGUUCAGCCAGGAGCCCAGUGACGUGGAGGUGGCAGAGGGGGACGUGGCCGUCUUAAACUGCGGCCCCCCAGUGGGACACCCCGAGCCCAACGUCAUCUGGAAGAAGGAUGGCCUGCCGCUCAACAGCAGUGACCACCACUACACUGAGCUGAGCGGGAAGCUCAUCAUCGCCCCUGCGGAGAAGAACCACUCUGGAGCGUAUGUGUGCGUGGCCAGUAACACUGUGGGAGUGAGGGAGAGCAGAGCGGCUCGGCUCUCUGUGCUCGCCAAACCUGUUCUGGUGCUGAAGCCAGAGAAUGUGUCGGUGCGGACGGGGGAGUCUGCCCAGUUCUUCUGCCAAGCAAAGGGAGACCCUCCACCCUCGGUGGUCUGGAGCAGAGAGCAGGGGCCACUGCCCAACGGCAGAUAUCUUGUGAACCCAGACCAGACGCUCCAGAUCCAUUAUGUGACAGCCCAGGAUGCUGGGAAGUACAUCUGCACCGCCGUCAAUGACGUGGGAGUGGUCACCGCCAGCGCUCAGCUGCUGGUCGAAGAGGCGGCGAGCACCACCCAGAAAGACCUUCACAAAGAGCUGUCUGCGCUGCGAGUGAGUCUGGAAAACGUCUCCAUCGUGGCCCCUGGGUCCAACACGUCCCUAGUUCAAUGGAAGCUCCAGUUCCUCCCGGCCAAGCCGCAUUACCUCGAAGGCUUUGAGGUGCUCUAUCGCUCCCUGCUGCCUGCCGGCUCGGACUGGGCAGCGAAGAGGGUGACACUGCCCGGCUUCCAGACUCAGGUGGGCCCGUUAAAGAGGGGCUGCAAGUACGAGUUCAAAGUCCGCCCCUAUGGCAGCGACUUGUACGGCAGGGAGAGCAACACGCGGCACCUCAGAGUGCCGGAGACGGUUCCCAGUGCCGCUCCGCUGGCUGUGUCCAUCACCGUGAGCCACGACGUGAACAACAGCAUCCACCUGAGCUGGGAGCCUCCCCCUCAUGAAACCCACAACGGCGUCAUCCGAGGCUACCAGGUGUGGUGUGCGGAGUCUGAGGAGCAGCGGUACCAGAACUGGACCGUGGCCAGUGGCCAGCACAGCCUCGACGUCUCUGCUCUCGCACCGGGCAAACGGUACUGGCUCAGCAUAGCAGCCGUCAACGGAGCUGGAGUGGGAGCGCAGAGCGGCCCCCAUGGAUUUGUCAUCGACCCCCAGAUGGGUGGCCCCCCUGAGUCCGACAGCCAGAGGCGACUGUCCCAGGUCCUGGCCCUGCUCCAGGACCCGGUGUUGAUCGGCAGCAUCGGCGCCCUCCUGUGGUGCAUUCUGAUGGUCGCAGCUGUCUACCUCUUCAGACGCCACAGCCGGACGGGCCACCUGCUGCCGGGACAUGGCAAGGCGAAGGGUCUGCACAGACUGGCCAGUGAGGAUCUCAUUAUUAAGCACAGGAUGGCGGCUCCAGACUCCCCCUGGGUCUCUGGGGGCUGGAGACCCGCCUUCAGCCAGAAGUAUCAGGACUUGUGGGCCCAGGGUCAGAAACAUCCAGGGAUCAGGAGCACCAGCCUCCCAGUCUCCCAUCAGAAGAUCCCCGGCGGCCUGGACCCAGUCGUCCCCAUUGUGACGGACAGCUGCGGAGUCUACGGCACGUUCUACGUGGACCUGUUGGGCAACGGCCUCAAGACCUUCAGCAGUCCCGGGCGUCGCCCCAAGAUGCCCCACGGCCUGCCGCAUCCGCACGGGGCCGAGACCAUCCGGAUAUUCUCCCCGCCCGCCGCACAGAGCCCGCCGCUCGGAAGCCGCGAGCUGCUGCCGUGGAAACAGGCCAUACGCCCGCAGCCCAGGAUGGGUGUGCUGAGGGAGUCGUGGGAGAAAAGCCACAGCAAGCAAGAGUUGCAUGCAGUGAACAGCGUCCCCACACUGCCAACCAGGAACCAGUGUCCAUCCAGUGUGUACAGGCAGAGACUCAGUCACAUACCACCAGGCCGACAUGAGUGUGGUGAGGUGGCGGGCUGCCCGCGCCUGCUGCACUACUCGGCCUCAGCUCACCUGGUCGGCAUGCUGCCCCCUCCACCGCCACCGCCCGGCGACACACUCAGCUCCACCUCAGAUGAAGGCUCCAGUCGCUCCACAAAGCUGACGGUGGACACGGGCUCUCUCCAGUCGGUGUGUGCCGCACCAGGCCAACGCGGCCCACCGGGGCUCAGCCGCCCCUGCCGCGGCCACCUGUGUCCUGCAUCACACCCCGGGUCACUGGACGAGGACCACGGUGGCACACUGACAGCACAGGAAGCCGCCCAGUACCUGGAGCUCUGCCCCAAACCGGAGCGAUGCAGCAGUGCUCUACCCGAGCAGCGUCCCUUCCUGUCCCACCCCUUCUCGGCCUACCUGUGCGGCCCGGCGCACGCCUCCCAGCUGGUGGACGACCACGGCGCCGCCGGGCAGCCCGACGCUCCCCCGAUUGGCCUGCGACGCGCCCGCGUCCAGAGCACACCUUCCUCCUGCUACAGCGAGUGGGACAGCUCGCUGUGGAACACCUGGAGCACGGCGACGGACGGCAACGCGGCGAGCGCCCGCACCAGCCUCAUCAGCUCCGUGGACAGCUGCUACACCAGCGACAGCGCCCACUUUGCCCGCUUGCUGGCUGCGGCGGGAGAGACGAUGAGUGGAGCGUCUUUGUCAGACUUUUCUCCGCCGGCCUCCCCGCUCAGCGCCCUGUACCCGUCGUUCCACGCAGACGGCGACUCGUUCGGGGAGCCGGAGCCGGUCCCGGCGUGGGACUGGAGCAUGGCCUGGCUGGAGGGGAUGCAGGCCCAGCACAGGGCCCGCUAUCCGGGCGGAGGCUCCAAACCCUUCAGCGCUUAGGCACGGAGCUCCGGACACACCUCGCGGCAGCAUGGGAAGUGCACGGCGAGCGUGAGGGGUCGGACGCGACCGAUUUACAUCCGGGAACGUGUCGGAAACAAUAUUGAAGGGUAGGGAUUUCCCACGCAUGACGAGAUCAAUCUCUGGAGACGAAACAUAAUUGGAGCCCACCCCUUGUUGUUUGGAACACCUCUGCCAGGAGACGCACGUCUGCCGUCGGUCGUCUGUGUACCUCGGGGACAGUCCGACGACUAUUUCUUACAUCCUUCGGGUGACUGUGAUUGAGGUCUCCUCUCGUCGGAGAAGCGGAUAAUGAGACCCCUCCCUCACGACGCCCUCAGCCGGGGUGUUGUGAACAAGGCCAGAAAGACGGAGAGUCGGAGAGGCGGCGGCCACUAGUGCUGCGCGCCGAUCUUCUCCAGACUGAGUCACUGAGCACGUGUAAAUAUGCAGCGCAUUCAACAGAUGUUAUUUAAAGAAUUUCAAAGGCUCCAAAUCAUAUACUGUCUUCCAUGUUUCACGUUCUGAAUAUUCUUUUCUAUGAUGAGAUGAUUAUUUUUAUUCGUCCUCACGCACCCUGUCCAGUUUUGAACUGUUACACAAAGUGCGCUCCUCGUCGUACUGUAGCUCACGUGUCAUUUUGUAUCAUCACGUGUACUUGAACUAACUUAGGUUUGUCCCUUUAACCGACUUUAAUUUUAGUAAGAAUACAACAGAAAGUAUUUUAAAUGAAAGUGCUCUGUGCUUAGUCUUAGUCCUGCCUGAUGUUUUUCAUAUAUGUAUGUAUAUAUAUAUCUAUAUAUAUAUAUAUAUAUAGAUAUAUAUAUCUAUAUAUAUAUAUGGAUUCACUAAUGGUAGUAGCAUUAAAGUUUUACGUUUUGUAAGAAUUUGCAUUUGUUUUUGUACACGGUCCAUUCCAGGUGUGCUUCAAAGUUUUGAAUAAAAUCGUUGUAUUGACUGAAAUGAGUUUAA